ACUGGCAAAGCCACCCACAGCGUGCUCUACUCGUGGAAAGGGGUUCUCUUCACAUGCCUGUCAGGGAGUGACCCCAAGAAGAGGAAAGAUAUGAGCCGUCAGACUGCUGCAGCCAUCCCAACUGGUACUUCAAAGUGUCCCCCUUCUCAGCGGGUGCCUGCUUUGACAGGAACAACGGCUUCCAACAAUGACUUGGCGAGCCUCUUCGAAUGCCCCGUGUGCUUUGACUAUGUCUUGCCACCAAUCCUCCAGUGUCAAAGUGGACACCUCGUGUGUAGCAACUGUCGCCCGAAGCUCACAUGUUGCCCGACAUGCCGGGGUCCCUUGGGAUCCAUCCGCAACUUGGCAAUGGAAAAAGUCGCAAACUCUGUCCUCUUCCCCUGCAAAUACGCUUCUUCGGGCUGCGAGGUAACAUUGCCGCACACGGAGAAGGCGGACCACGAAGAGCUGUGCGAAUUCCGACCGUAUUCAUGUCCCUGUCCGGGGGCUUCCUGCAAAUGGCAAGGAUCCCUGGACGCAGUGAUGCCACACCUCAUGCACCAGCAUAAAUCCAUCACGACAUUACAAGGGGAGGAUAUAGUGUUUCUUGCCACGGACAUUAACCUUCCGGGUGCCGUUGACUGGGUCAUGAUGCAAUCCUGUUUCGGCUUUCAUUUCAUGUUGGUCUUGGAGAAGCAAGAAAAGUACGACGGCCACCAACAGUUCUUCGCCAUCGUGCAGCUAAUAGGAACGCGCAAGCAAGCGGAGAACUUUGCAUACAGGCUGGAGCUGAACGGUCACCGCCGGCGAUUAACGUGGGAAGCUACACCCCGCUCUAUCCACGAGGGCAUUGCAACGGCCAUCAUGAACAGCGACUGCCUAGUGUUUGACACGAGCAUUGCACAACUUUUUGCGGAAAACGGCAAUUUAGGAAUAAAUGUGACAAUUUCCAUGUGUUAAAUGGUCGAUUUGCGGAAUCUGCAGGGCCAGUGUUUAAAGACUUACUUUUUUUUUUUUUUGGCUUUAUAUUUCACAUACUGCAUUUAAAAAAAAUGACUUUUAUUGGCCGCCACGGACGGUGAUAUGGAGGCACAGCCAAUGAACAGUAACUACACACAUACAGGAAGCAAAAUGCAUGUAAAAAAAUAAAAUAAAGAAAACAUUAAAAA